GUGGUUGAUUACAUCAAACAAGUGAAUAAUUAAUGAGUCGUAACACCUUAUUAGAUUCAUCAUUGCAAUUAACCAUAUACUUAAACAGUAUUAGCCAUCUAAAUUUAUUGAUUAUUGUUGUCAAAUUUGUCUGCCAAAAUAAAUUUUAUCUAUGCUAUAAAUGUAUGGAUCUUUCACUUUGCUAUGCAAUGAGGAAAACCUUGUCACGUCCUAUGAUGCUAGUAACUACUUUACAACUUCCAAACAAAAUCUUAACUCAUUUGUACAAUGUUAUAACAAGAUUCAUUAACCUAUGUAACAUACCAAAAUCCAUUUUUAUUUUUUCCUUCUCCGAAAUUUCCUCCUAACCUUUGUCUCAAAUAAAAACAUUAACUCAUUACAACGUAUGACACACACACCAAAAGACUCUUUCCUUCCUAAAAUCUAUCACCUUCCUCUAAUUUUUCCUUCUCAUCAUUCCAAUCUGUCAAUAAUCAACAACUAACAACCUCUUUAUCACCCUUUAAUUUUUCUUCUAAGUUUUUUUUUAGAAUUUUUUUUUUGUGUGCUUCAAAAUUUCUAAAUUCUAAUACCUCUUUCCUCAAUUAAUUUCACUUUCUUUCCAAACAUUGUUCACCCCUCCAAUGACAAUGUUAUAACAUCUAUAACCUUUUUACCAUUACCUAUUUUCCUUCCUCCCAUAUUCCUUCCAUCCCUUUUCUUCUGAGUUGAUUCUCCCUUCCACCAUGGGCAAUUGUUGCUCAGGUGGCACUGAUGAUCCACAAGACAAGGGAGAAACCAAUCAACAAAACAAUGCAAAUGGAGAUUCAUCGGCUACAACGCCGCCACCAUCAUCAAAACCAGCCUCUAAAUCAUCUAAACCGGCCGCGAUGGGUCCUGUUCUCGGAAGACCAAUGGAAGAUGUAAAAGCUACUUAUAGCAUGGGGAAGGAACUUGGAAGGGGACAAUUUGGUGUAACACAUUUAUGCACACACAAAGCCACUGGAAAACAAUAUGCUUGCAAAACAAUCGCCAAGAGAAAGCUUGUUAACAAGGAAGAUAUUGAGGAUGUUAGGAGGGAGGUUCAGAUUAUGCAUCAUCUAACAGGACAGCCUAAUAUUGUAGAACUUCUUGGUGCUUAUGAAGAUAAACAAUCUGUUCAUUUGGUUAUGGAGUUGUGUGCAGGUGGUGAACUAUUCGAUAGAAUCAUUGCUAAGGGUCAUUAUACAGAACGCGCUGCGGCUUCCUUGUUGAGAACCAUUGUUCAAAUUGUUCAUACUUGUCAUUCCAUGGGUGUUAUUCAUAGAGAUCUUAAGCCUGAAAAUUUCCUAUUGUUGAACAAGGAUGAGAAUGCUCCUCUGAAAGCCACCGAUUUCGGUUUAUCUGUCUUUUACAAGCAAGGAGAAACAUUCAAAGAUAUUGUUGGAAGUGCAUAUUACAUUGCACCUGAGGUGUUGAAGAGGAAAUAUGGACCAGAAGUAGACAUUUGGAGUGUUGGUGUCAUGUUAUACAUUCUUCUAUGUGGUGUUCCACCAUUUUGGGCAGAAUCUGAAAAUGGGAUAUUCAAUGCCAUCCUAAGAGGCCACGUUGACUUUUCGAGCGAUCCAUGGCCCUCCAUUUCACCUCAAGCAAAAGAUCUUGUAAGGAAAAUGUUGAAUUCAGAUCCUAAGCAGAGGCUAACAGCAUAUGAAGUUUUGAAUCAUCCUUGGAUCAAGGAAGAUGGAGAAGCACCAGAUACACCUCUUGAUAAUGCUGUGCUCAAUAGGCUCAAACAGUUUAGAGCAAUGAAUCAAUUCAAGAAAGUUGCUCUAAAGGUUAUUGCUGGCUGCCUAUCAGAGGAAGAAAUCAUGGGAUUGAAGCAGAUGUUUAAGGGUAUGGACACUGACAACAGUGGAACCAUUACAAUUGAAGAGCUCAAGCAAGGACUUGCAAAACAAGGAACUAAACUGUCUGAAGCAGAAGUUAAGCAAUUAAUGGAAGCUGCAGAUGCUGAUGGUAAUGGAAUCAUAGACUAUGACGAGUUCAUCACAGCAACAAUGGCCAUGAACCGAAUGAACAGAGAAGAACAUGUUUACACUGCCUUCCAAUACUUCGAUAAAGAUAACAGCGGGUACAUCACCAUUGAAGAACUAGAGCAAGCUCUCCAUGAGUAUAACAUGCAUGAUGGCAGAGACAUCAAGGAAAUCAUUUCAGAAGUUGAUGCAGAUAAUGAUGGUCGGAUUAACUAUGAUGAAUUUGUUGCAAUGAUGGGCAAAGGAAACCCAGAAGUAAAUACCAAGAGGCGCAAUUCAACCUUGUAUUAGUAAGGGACCAAGGGAAGACGUUGAACAGAGAUAAUGAUUCUCUUUCAGACUGUCAAACUUGGUCAUUGUUUGGUUGGAAGGGAUAUAUGGGUGAGGAAUAGGUAAAGGUGAAAACAUUGGAGGGGGGAAAAGAACCGAAACUAACCUUUGAAAAAUGUAUAAAACGUGCUAUAUGUAUUUGAUGGGUUAGUUUUGUUUUCAUUUCCUUGUAACAUGUCUUAUAUUGUAAUUGUUGUUCACUUAGGAAUCAAAUUAAAAGGGUGUUAUUUAUGUAUUUUCUCCUAUUCAAGACUAGAUUUAAAUAUGUGAAUUGUUUGUGAAUAUUGAAAUGCAUUGUAUUGAAUUAUAAAUCUUAAAAAACGCGAUAAAUAUUUACUUGAAACAUAUUUUUAGACCUCAAUAUAUUUUGAUCACUAGGCUCAAAAUAUACCAUAGGUGUUUAGAAGAAUGAAAAUAAGAUAGU